UCUGACUACUUUCCCGCACCUAGCCUGCUCAGCGUACUGGUGGUAGACCCAUACAUAGGUUUCGCUUACUUUCCUGCACCUAGCCUGCCACUUCCCUUACUUCACGUCUAAUCCUUGUAGGAGCCGUUUCCCCGGACAAUCUUAGAUCCCAUGGCGGCUUCUCUUGCUCUUUCAGGACUAGUGGCAUCUCCGCAGCUCCCGACAUCGUCGCCGUUCACGUCGUCGAGGCAAUCUCCACCGUCGAUUUCUUACGCAUCCGGUCAUCAUCAGGCAGGUGCAUCGCCACUCAGCUUAUUCCGCAUCGCCAGCCAAUCACAAUGCGGCACGUCAAGAUCCACGAGCCACGUCUGCACGCGGGUCCUAGCUCUUGCCGCUGCUGACGGUGCAUCCGAUAGCGGAUCUAACGGCGCGGAAAGCGGCGGAAAAAGCGGCGAUAGCAACGUGGUGCUUCAGAGCGGAACCGCCGUAGUAAUUGUUGCUGAGCCUCCGUUCGUGAAGUCUGCCGAACCUAUGCCGAUGCUUAGGCGGAACGAUGGGCUGAUCAGAGUGGGCGACGCUGGGAGGAUUAUAGACCGGCGGCCUAAGGACUCAUGGGCUAUUCGGUUCGGCCAUGGUGCUUUUUUGCUGGAUAGGAAGUAUUUUGAGCCGUUUGAAGGGUGAUUUGAUUGUGUAGAAUGGGGGUGGAAGGGGUGUACUUGUCGAGGGUAUCUCUUCAGUGUCAGACUUUUCCAGUUUGCUGCUAUGUCGUGGAAUUUAGGGUUGUUUCAACGGCCUUAUGCCCUUUUAGGGUUCGUGUGGAGGGUCGGUAGGUAAGAGAUGAGAGGAGAUGGUUGGAAGAAGGGAAAGGAGGGGAGCGGAGAGGAGGGAAUGAGAUGAGACGAGAGAAGGGAGGGGCUCUCUCCGUGCUUGCCUUCCAGGGAGCAGCAUGGUUGGGCAGGGAGCAGAACAGAGCAACACCUCAAGGUACUGCUGCUGUAACACACACUAGAACCUUGAUGCUGCUUGGAGGGAGGUCCUGAGAUUCAAAGUGAGGACAAUCCCUUCGUUGCAAGUGUGGAAGUAUCAGUAUUGGUCCACAUUUCAUGCAAUGCUCCACUUUUUGCAU